AUGAAUGUGGAAGACGUGGUUCAAGCCAUAUGUGCCGUCUAUGAUCCUUCAACGUCGAAUCCGGAUCGUAUGAAGUGUACGCAGGUGAUCGAGAAUUUCAAGGAUGGGCCACCGGAAAUAGUGGCAAACACGGCGUUUGAACUAAUCACGCGAAAUUCGUCUAUUCUUCGUCAUACGGGUUGGACCUUAUUAGAAGAUCUCAUCAGGUACAAAUGGAAUUCCAUACCUCCAGAGCUUUGUUUGGCACUGCGUAGUAGAAUAUGUGAAGCCAUUGAUACUUUGAUGCAAGAGGAAAACGUUGAAUCAAGUGCGAGAUGUGUAGUGGCAAUGAUGGAGCAUGAAUGGCCUCAGAACUGGCCUGAACUCACUUCACAACUUCAACAAAUGUGUUCUCGAAGUUUCUUACAUUGUGCCAUUACAUUUGCAAUUCAACGACGUCUAGUAGAGAAUGUGGCUACCUUGGCAUCAGUUUCCAACAUGCGUCGUCGCAGGGACAUGAACAGCGCAAUGGUUGAGUCUGUGGACGAGUUCCUUAUUAUAGCGCUGGAUAAGCUCGACUCUUGCCCGUUAGAUCGGACAAAUACUGCUACUUUACUUGCCGCGAGGAAUAUUUUUGGAUGGCUUAUUGAAGUGUGUAGCUGCGUAACUUCGAACUCUAUGGAAAAUCGGUUUAUACGCAUUGUUGACACUGUGAUUCGUUACCUGAGUACUGCGGAAGGAAAUAUCUACGAACUGGCCGCACAAUGCUUGGCAACCCUUUCUGCCCGUAGACGAGAGAAAAACGACCAAUCGAUAGUAAUUUCGGCCUUCUUCCGGCAGGAAGUGUUUUCAGCCAUUCUCACUGUAACAAGCCUUGCUGCAGACAACUCGCACUUCAGCGAACAACAUUAUCAUUUUCUGUCGAAAGUAUGGACAGAAAAACACCCACCAGCAAACUUUGGAACGUACAUUUCGGCCAUUGUCGCGUUCUUCAAUCAUGAGUCAUUGUAUUUGCGACAUGAAGCUUGUGAUGUUCUUGUGGCGCUCUCCAAUCAUGCCUCAUUCCGUGACGACGAGCAUUUAAUACAGGCGUUACGCUCCGUCUUUUCAAAUUUUCUCCGGGCAUUCACAAAGCAUGGAUACCCAUCGCAAUGUCCACCCACAACGGCAAGCCAUUAUUCUCAGAUGGACUUCGAAGACGAUCUGGAAUGGCAUAACUUCUUCAUACGUUUCCGCUCUCGUCUGCAGGUACUCAUAGCAGACAAUCUCCGAAAACAUUUUGACUACCUACUUUCUGUUUGCGAAAAGGAUGUGUUCCAGAGGAUAUUAUCCGAUCCUCAUGGAGUAAAAGAAGUGGAGUGGGAUGGAAUGCAGAAGUUCGUUCGAAGUGUUAUCCAGGUUGCCUACGAAAAGAAAAUCGUUGAUAAGAAGCACGAAUAUUUGAUUGCGAUACGCAAUGCUUUGGUGACACAAAUGGCAAACAUGACCGAUUGCGAUGUGCUAAGUGAGCUAUUGUCUCUUCAUUCACCCUUUCUGUUGAGCUAUGGCGAGGAUUUCGACAGUUUCGCCAACUAUUUUUCACUACUUAGAAAGGCGUUGAUCAUGUCAGCUGGCAAUAAAACACUAAAUAGACAUGUUAUAAGUCUCAUUCUUCGUGCUGUUCAGUGUUUUCCGACUUAUUUUAAGGGUCAUGUGACAGACGUUUUAGCACUCUAUGCUGACGUAGACGGUGUCAUUUCGAAAAUGCAAAUGGCUCAGUUGCUGCAGGUUUCGGCUGUUCUUUCUGAUAUGGUUGACGAUGAAUCGGUACAAUUGAAGUUGUUACAAAUAGCAGUCAAUUCAUCUGUUGAGCAUAUUCGUAGUAUACAAUGGUCUUUCGAAGACGUUUCCACUUUUAUCAAGUUCAACGGUUUCGAUGUGUCACCAGUAGUCCCAAAAGAUUUGGCGUGCAAUGCCAGCAGAGUGGAGUUGAGACAAGCUCUCACAUGUAUUCAAGGAGCGGUGCAGCAGGUUAACAAGUCCAGUCCAUUAGCAUGCUUACUCAUGCCGAUACUCCCAUCGUUCUUCAAAAUGAGCAGAUGCGUGCUCGAUCUGCACACGCCGGAAGCCAGACAGUUGCUUCAUCCGUUGUCGCGUGACAACAUCACCAAAAUCGCUGAUUUUGAGAGACAGCAGAUUUACUGUUCUGUUGGGGAAAAUAUUGAAGUUAUCACGGGACGUGCCAUCACAGUGGACAGAGAUCCUAUCGAUAUCGAACGCCAAUAUGUGCACGAUUUGAAUGAGCAAAUCUUGACAAUUAUAUCGAUAUGUGUGAGCAAAUUCCCUGAUAAGGUUUUCUCUUUGAACGAUCUCCCGCUGUUAUUGCUUGACAUGGUUGCAAGUCUCGAAUCAACACCGGAAUUCAGAUUACGCUGUUGGAUUAAGAAAGUUUGGAAGUCUAUAAUAUGCGAUUGUCCAAGGGAUAAAUACGGUCUGAUAAAGGAGUUUUUCGAGCGAAUUGUUGGAGUUAUGCACUUACGACUGCAAAACAUAUGGGCAGAGGUUUCCCAUAUUGAUUAUGAUUCCGAGCCAACCGAGGAACAGUUAUUUUUCGAACAUAUGACUUGUGUUUUAUCUCGCGAAUAUAUCUCAUUUCUUCGGUCCUGUUAUCUUCAUAGCGAUGGUGAUGACAAGAAGGCAGUGACAAUGUCAGUACUAGGAGAUUGGUUGUUCGAUAACAGGAUCGGUCUAUCGUCUGUGAUUAUGACAGUAUUCUCAUCGUUGACAUUCCGUGAUUCCACACUCGUUCUCAGAGCUGCUGGUUUCUGCAAAAUUUUGGUGGAAAAGCUGGCCAACUGCUACGACGACGAAGUAGGAGUAUACAUGUUGGUUUGUUCCAUACGGUCACUUCAGUUACAUGGUGCUGACGAAGUUACUGGAACUCCAAUAAUGGGACUCGUCUUUCACAUCUACUCCGUUUUGGUGCGAGCCAUGAUAUCGGGUGACGAAGUAAUUCUGGAGAAACAAAAGAAAGAAAUGAUGCGCAAACUUUUCAACGGCAUAAUUACGCUUGCUCUUGGUGAACAACACAAGAAACCGGUGUACUUUCGUCCUCUUCCACCUAUAGAGAAGCGUCGCCGUGUUGUAAAUGAGCAUGAUAACUUUGAGGACAUUGCACUCCUGUUCGCCUGCGAGGAAGUGUAA